AUGUCCUCCGAGGAUGUCCCUCCCCAAGUCAACGAGCCCGUGCGCUCCCCAUCACCACCACCAUCUCUCCAUUCACGACCUUCUCACGGCCGAAAGAUGAGCGUAGACGCCGACGCCCAGGCUCAAGUGAUUUCCUCUCUACGAACCCAAGUCGACGACCUAUUCUCCCAAGUCACUCAGUUGAAUGGCAAACUUGUCAAGUCAUACAAUCGCGUCUCGGACUUGGAAGAUGAACUUCAUGUUUCUUCGGCUGCUGCACGUGAAGCUUCUGUGAAGAUAGCCGCGCUCGAACUCGAGAGGGCCACACAUCUCUCUGCUCUGAACACUGGCUUGCUGGUCGAAAGGGAGCAUGUCGCGGCUGAACUGUCCAAGUUGAUGGAGCGCGCGACGGAUGAGGCGGCGCGACGUGGUCAAGCCGAAAGCGCGCGGAUGGAGAUCGAGAAGGAUUUGGACGACCUCAGCGCCGGAUUAUUCGACCAAGCCAACACGAUGGUGGCCGAAGCCCGGUUCGCCCGCGCGCAGAGCGAGCGAAAGGCGGAGGAGGCGGCCCGGAGUCUGCGAGAGGCAGAGGACCUCGUCCGGCUGAUGCAGGGCCAGAUGCAGCAACUGCAGCAGCGUGCCACCAUCGCUGAGCGGGCCGCGAGGGAUGUCGUACCACAGGCGGAGAUCGUAGCCGUCGGCAUCCCGCGCUUGCUGGGGAGCCAUGCGGGCUAUACCGAAUUCAUCGCUUUCGUAGCGCACAUUCGGACACUCAGGAGUGCGGCAGGACAGCCACCAAUCAUCUCGACAUUGCUGCAUACGCCAUUUUUGGCACGGCUGGUUGCGGAGGAUACAGAGCCAACCGUCCGACUUGACCUUGCUCCUGGCCUCAACUGGUUGACCCGACGGACCUUCAUCUCCGCGAUUCACGCAGGACAACUCGACAUUGCACCAGCGCCCACAUCAUCGCUCCUCUCGCCGGACUCUGCCACGCACGGUUUAUCCUGUGCUCUCUGCGGUGCUAUCAUCAUAGCAGGAACAGCUUCGCCUACGGAUACAACUCCUGCUUCACGCUCAAACUUGGGAUCACUGGCUACGGCUGCGAGGAAUAACUCAUGGUCGCAGCUCCUCUCGAAACCGCUGACCUCAUCGCGGCCUUCAUCGCCUCCUCCCCAUUCGCACUCGCGUCAACAGUCACUGGAUAUAUCUGUGCCCGCCCAAAUCUUCGUUUGCAGGUUGGCAACACCCGUUCCUGCAUCUGUGCCCGUCCCAGGUCAACCAAGGAGCGCUCAGACGAAUCAAUAUCCUCUCUGCGCGAGCGGUUGGUGCUUGGCACGUCUCAGGGCUACGUGCACAUUGUGGAGCUUUAUCCGCACAGGCGUCGUCGAGCGUGUGUGGGAGGAUACACCCGCGCCUCCACCGCCUCCCCAAAGGUUGGCCUCUCAGUCCCUCAACUCUUCGCCAGUGUCACCCGCCACGCCAACAAACGGUGGAGUGACAAAGAAGCGUAGUCUAUGGGGUGUCGCAUCUGUACUUGGCUUCGGCGACGAUAAGGAGAAAGAGAAGGCGAAAGAGGAUAAGGGCAAGGCGAAGGAGUUGCCACCCCCGCCGCCGCAUCAUCCUGCAGAGAAGCCUGUGAGGAGAUCGGUACCGCCGCCACUUGCGUCGCCUGUACCCCGCCCUGCGGCUCCGGGACACUCCCCCAUCCCACCACCGCGCUCGCCGAAUCCUCGUUCGGCGAGUACUCAGCAACCCGCACCUCCCCCUCUCCCACGUCGCGCGACUUCACGUGCUGCAGUGACACCCGUGGGGCUUAAACCAAGCUCGUCGCAAGAGCCCGAUAGCGAUGGAGGGUUCCACACACCCGCUGAAGAGCUUCCUCCGACUACAAAUGGCGACGGUGAGCAUGUAGAGGGCGAGCAUAAGCCUGGUCAUGCGAAGAAGGACAGCAUGCUCUUCGAGGCGCCAUUCACGCCACCUGCUACACCACCUGUUCCCGAAGGCGCUCCGGUCGAAGGCGAGGCUAAGCCUGCAGAGGCAUCUGCACCAGUGGCAGACAUGAAGCGUGCACCCGCUGCGACAGACGCGCAACCUUCGGAGGCCGCCGUUGAACCCACAUCAGGAUCUAUUCCCGCCGCUGAGCCAGCACCCGCAUCAGAAGCAGCCGUACCAGCAGAACCGCGCACUCCAACGAACCCCGCUUUCGCAGAGGGUGCAGAACGCACAGGAUCUCCCGCGCCUCCGCCCGUACCCCGUCGUGCGCCUGCUAGACGUGCCGUCCCCCCUGCACCUGGUACGCCUGGGAGGGUCGGAACCCCUGUUGGUGGUGAACGGGUCGGGACACCCGACAACGGAGAGCGAGCGAGCACGCCUGCUCCCGACGCCGCCGCUAGUGCGAUCGAGGCGCCCGCCCCUGAUGCUGCGGCAGACGCCGCACCCGUCCCGAGCGAAGCGCCCGUCCCCGAGGCGCCCGCCACGGAAGCACCCUCGGCCGAAGGGUCUGCGACCGAAGCGCCCGCCUCGUCUGAUGCCCCCGCGCCUGAGUCGACAGAACCCAAACCACCUCUUCCUGCCCGCCCGCGCCGCGCGCCGCGCGACAGCGUACAUCUGCGCGGUGGAUCGGUUAGCUCCAUCAGUGGGUUGGAGAAGGUCGUGAAUGGGGUCGAUGAUGUGAAGGAGGAUACGGACGAGCAUGCUCCUGUCGUCAGUGGGGUCGACAAGGGGAAAGGCAAGGCAAUCGAGCCUUCCUCCUCUGCCGAGUCAGAUAUCAAGCUCGCCGACGAACGCGUUGACACCGACGCUGAGCCUAUUACAUUCGCCAACAACUCUGAGCAACCUUCCCCGGCGGUGGAGGAACCCGAGGAGCUCGCGCCCGAUGGGACGCCCUUCGUACGCGGGGCGAGCUGGGAGGCGCGAGCAUGGAAGGAACUGAUUAGGCUGAGGGAGGAUAUGUUCUGGGCGAGGGUUGGUGGUGUCCGGUGA